AUGUUUCCCGGAAAAGGUAGCUACACGUACAACAACGGCCAAUCUGACUUCAGGCCUGAAAAUAGUGGGUAUGAAAGGCCACAGGGCGCUCCACCCGGGAAUUUCGGAAAUUUAGAUCAUCCACGAUACUCGAGGCCAUCAUACCCACCGCCUUCUCCUGAAGACGGAUAUGAGCGUCCAAAUGUGGCACCCCCAUCUUUUUCGUCGCAACAGGGUGAAUAUACUCGACCAAGUGCUCCACCUCCACAAAUGGCAAAUUCGAGAAAUAAUGGAUUCGUGGAUGGCCCUGAUAAAUAUCAACAACCAUCUGCCAAUAUGUCGCUACCACCUCAAAGCACACAGAGUAUCCAAGGAGCUCCGGUGACUUAUCAGUACUCUCAGUGUAAUGGUAGACGUAAAGCGUUGUUAAUUGGUAUAAAUUACUUCAAUUCCCAGAAUCAAUUGCGUGGUUGUAUCAAUGAUGCUCAUAAUAUGUUCAAUUUCUUGACGACCAGAUAUGGUUAUCGUCGAGAGGAUAUUGUGAUGCUUACUGACGAUCAACAAGAUCCCAUUCGCAUUCCAACGAGAGAUAAUAUAAUCAGGGCUAUGCAGUGGCUAGUUAAAAAUGCACAGCCUAAUGACUCGUUAUUUUUCCAUUAUUCGGGACAUGGUGGCCAAACAAAGGAUCUGGAUGGUGAUGAAGAAGAUGGUAUGGAUGACGUUAUCUAUCCAGUCGAUUUUGAGAGAGCGGGAGAUCUUGUUGACGAUAUUAUGCAUGAUAUAAUGGUCAAACCUUUGCAACCGGGCGUCAGGCUUACGGCAUUAUUUGAUUCUUGCCAUUCGGGUACCGUAUUAGACUUGCCAUACACGUAUUCUACUAAAGGGGUUGUAAAAGAACCAAAUGUGUGGAAAGAUUUAGGCUCGGGUGGAUUACAAGCUGCGAUGGCUUAUGCCACCGGUAACCGAUCCGCACUUUUCAGCUCUCUUGGAUCCCUUGCAAGCACAGUGAAAAACAAGGUUGGUACAAACGUUGAUCGUGAACGUAUCGUGCAGACAAAAUUCUCGCCAGCUGAUAUAAUAAUGUUUUCAGGGUCUAAAGAUAAUCAAACCUCAGCAGAUGCUGUUGAAAACGGUCAAGCAACUGGUGCGAUGUCAUAUGCGUUCGUUAAAGUGUUAGGCCUACAAUCUGAACAAUCAUACUUAUCUUUAUUACAAAAUAUGAGACAAGAAAUGGCUUCAAAAUAUUCACAGAAACCACAGUUGUCCUCUUCACAUCCAAUAGAUGUAAAUUUGAAAUUUAUCUUGUAG